ACGCGUGUGGACAGUUUGGCAUUUUGUGAUGUGAGAUUUUUCAUAAAAGUUUUUAUUAUGGUCGUAAUAGAAAUAGCAAUAAGUGUAAAAAGUGGAUAUUUAGUGCGGUAAAUAUGGAAGAGGGACCUAGUUUGCGUAAUUCGUGACCGAGAUGAUUAAAGAAAAGCACGAGAAGGGCUCAGAUAGCGUGAAAGAAGAGUCCGUAAGCGCCAAUAAGGAGCCACUGCCAGGAACUAACAGCAUAGAAGUACAAAUAAAAAAAGAAGACGAUGUGGCGACCAAGAAGGAGCCCUCGGCUACGGCAGCGGUGCCGAUUACGAAAAACGGUGGUCUUGUGGGUUCCACAAACACAGGCUCUAUACAAACUACUCCUGAUCUCAAAACAGAAGCCCCUAGUGAAGAUCCUGUCACCACUGCAGUCUCAGAGACAGUGUCCCUUAAACAAGAAGAUAGUGUAGUAGGUAAUGAUCCCCUAGGCGAUCCUUUUGGUUUAGGAUUAGGCCCUCCUGGCCCACCUACAACUAGUUCAGGUCAUCCACCACAAUCCCAACCAGAAAGUGUACAGGCUUUAGGAAGUAAUGUGAUAAAUAAACAGUCUAGUUCAAUGGAAGUUCAGUACAUGCAACAACAAAGCCAAAUUUUUGUGUUUUCCACAGUGCUAGCCAACACAGGGGCUGAUGAAGUGUUGCAGGGACAUUAUUCUUCAAUUAUAGCAUACCAUUGUGCACAACCUGGAACUAAGAAGUAUCUAGAAAAGAAUCCACUAAAAGUAACCCAAUUUAAUAGGCAGCACCCAGUGCAAUGGCUGAAUAAUUUUGCUAUGAUGAAGAACAAAGGCUGUACAAGGAGUCCAAGCUUGGGUCCAAAAGCUCCUCCUAUAGAAAACUUCUUAGGGCCUGAAACACUUGAGGAUAUGGUUGGUCUAGGUGAUACUGAUGCACAUUGGGACCAGAAAAGCAACCAUCAGCUUGAAGGUUUGGAGGGAGCAGUCACUAAUGGUUUACCGGACAUGGGACCUGACAUGGAUUCUUGUAGCCCUUCUUUAUUAAAUGUUCAGCCCAAAUUACAGGGUGUUCAAGUGCCUGAUGAAAACCUAACCCCUCAGCAAAGACAGCAUAGGGAAGAACGACUUGCUAGUAUUCGAAAAAUGCAGCAGAUGUUGUUUCCUGAAAGUCAAACUGAAGGUGCUGCGGGGCAUCAAGAAGGAAUGUCGGGCAUUUCGCCCGGGGGCGCCGCGCCAUUAGGGCCCGGAUCUGGCGUUGCGCCCCCUGGUCAACCACCUGUUACAGCACAAAUGGAGUGGCAAAAACUUCAAAGUCAGUUUUUUGAUGAUCGAACAAAAAUUAAGCCUCAGCAACCCCCUCCAUCUACAGCAAGCAACCCCAGUUGCAGUGGUAGUGGUGGCCCUUUAGUUCCUGUUGGACCAGUUAGUGGGUCUGGUCAGCCACCUACUUCCCAAAGCACCCGGGCGGGUCCUAGUUUAGGACCGCGCCUUCAGGGUCCACCUCCACCAUAUCAUCAAACUCAGCGCUCUGCAAGCGUUCCCAUUGCGUUACAGAGUCCUAACCCCACAUCUCCCAAUAAUCCCACCUCAAAUUUAUCGCUCCCAUCACCUCGAACUUCUUCAGCUUUAAAUUCACCUGCGGAUCCUAACCGACCGUUUGGUCUUACCAGACAUAUGAGCACAGGACAAAGCCCUACUUCACAAGACUCCCCCUCAGCACCGCGUUUGAAUCAUAGUAAUCCCAGUACACCUUUAUCUUCCCAUUUAUCGCCAAGUGUAACGAGCAGUAGUACAGAACCUUCAUCAACUUCAACACAUCAAUCUUCAGUAGAUGGCAUGUUUGGACGAACACUCCAGUCAAUGGCACAGCAAAAACAACAAAUUAACACGUCGACGACCUCCUCGUGUUCAACUUUGUCCGCGACGGGAGCUGUAAAAGAGCCUAACCUAAUGCCCGUGCCGUCGCCGCAGCAGAUACAAUACCUCAAUACUUUUGAAGGCCAAGAAUUAAUUAUUCAGAAGCAGCCCAAUACAAGCCUUAAGGAUGGCAAUAUUAUUUCUCCACCUGUUUUAUCUACAAGCUUAGAUAGUGGGUUUCCCGGUAACACACCAGAUCUUCCACAUUCAAGGGUAUCAGGGCCCAAUACCCCCACCUCAAUGGACACUCGGUUUCCGCCAACACCUGGUGUUUCUACUGAGGGCUGCCGUUUUCAGAUACCUUCACCUCAUACACCCACGGCCACUUCAUCAUGUAGUGAAAAGCCUCCACAAAGGAUAUCUGGACCCACAACCGUGACACCUGGUAUGAGUCCGCAGACAGUACCGGGUCCAACAUCAGACCCUCUGAAGAACGACCUCUUCCCAACGCCUAGUCCUCACAUGAUGGAUAUGCCGAGGUUUCCCGGUCCAAACGCAUCUCCUGGAUCUCAAAAUAAAAUGGGUAGUGGGUUUGGAGUAAACGUUUCACCUCAAGGAAAGCCUAACUCUUUAGACUUACCAGGAUACUGUGCAGGUGGUCGAAAUGAUAAUAUACCAUUGAAUCCAAACUGUACAAGUUCCAUGGUCGGUAAUCUGAAGCAAUCUCACUUUGACCCAAUUUCGUCACUAGCGCAAAUGAGUCAGCAAUUGACAAAUAGCGCAGCAAGUAAUCUUAAUGGUCAGCCGGGUCAAGGCCCGGUUAUGAUGAGCUUUGGGUCUCCCUCAAUGCACAUGAUGGAUAUGAGUAGUUGUCAUGGAGGUAUGGGUGACAUGGACGGUGGAGGGAUGAUGGGAAUAAACGCAAUGCAAGGCCCUCCUCAUGGAUUUCACCCAGGGUCACCAAUGGGUCACAUGAGGUCCCAUUCUCCCAAGUUAUCCGGUGCUUUCCCCAAUCAUUUGCCCAUGCAAAGGAUGAUGGUUCGAGCGCCAGGUCCUGGGCCUAGCCCUUUUAAUGGAGCUAAUGUGCAAGUAAAGCCAAACGCGCCUAACACAAUACAAUACUUACCUGCUAAAGGGCAAGGAGGUGCAGCUCCCACGGGACCUCGAGGGCCCCCUAGUUUGGAUUUCCUUACUCGGUUAGCGUCACCUAUGAAUCCCAUGAUGGAUGCUUCCAAAAUGCAAUCUGGACCAGGACAGUACUUCCAAGGUGGUGGUCCGGGACCCAUGCAAGGGAGUCCCAUGGGUCAUAUGGGACAUAUGGAAGGUGGACCAGGAAUGGGACAGGAACCACCUAUGAUGGGACCCAUGGGAGUUCACAUGGGCAACGGAACCGGUAGUCCCAUGAUGGGAGGGUCCGGAGGUAUGGGAAUGGGUUCGGGAGGUCCCGGUCCUGGAAUGAUGCCUAUGAUGCGGGGAGGACCAGCCGGGAUGCGACCAAUGAUGAGAGUGCCGCAAAUGGGAUUUGGACCCGGUGGACCUGACGGAAUGUUCCCUGGAGGUCCAAUGGGACCAGGGCCAAAUAAUCCACAAAUGUUUGUCGCAGGACCUAAAGGUAGUCCGAUGGGAAUGGCGCCGGACGCCUCUCAGCCACUGCCUCCCUCGAUGGGUCAAGGUGGCGGCUUUAAAGGAGCGCCUUUCGUAGGACCCACUACCUCUGACCCCAAUUAUGCCCAGCAAUACCACAAUUUUCAACAACAGCUAUAUGCUACUAACACUCGUAGUCAAAUGGGCGGAGUCGCCCAAAAUAUGGGACCUGGUCCGGGACCUCCGCCGCACAUGCAGCAUUUGCCAUAAUAAACUAGAGAGUAUAGGAUAUUUUUAAUUUUAAGUGUUGGACUUGCUUUGUCCUUUUUUAUGACGGAGGUUUCACUAUUGCUCAUUAAUUUGUUUCUAUCCAUCUGUUAUUCGUUUUAUUGUACAUUUUAUGAGUAAGCAUUAAUUAAAAUAACAAUAAAAUUCUAUAUUAUAUA